AUGACGAGCGCCAAUCCCACCACCAGUACGACGAGCUGGAUCGAGACGCCCGCCGUCGUCAUCGACGACGACCGCCUCCAGCGCAACAUCGACCUCAUGCAGGCGCGGGCGAACGCACACGGCGUCUCGCUGCGGCCCCACGCCAAGACGCACAAGAGCGUCGAGAUCGCCCAGCGCGUGCUGGCCGCCGGCGCCGUGGGCAUCACCGUCUCCAAGCCGCUGGAGGCGCGCCGCUUCAUGGAGGCUGGCUUCAAGGACAUCACGCUCGCGUACCCGGUGGUCGUGCCGGACAAACUCGAGCGCACGAUUGCGUGCGCGCAGGAACACGGCGUGACGUUCAGCCUCACAGUGGACAGCCUGUACGGGGUCAAGAUCGCUGCGGCUGCGGCGCUGGCUAAGUGCUACGAGCUGAGUGUACUGGUUCACAUCGACGUCGGCUACCAUCGGGUGGGCCUCGAGGAGCAUGACCCAGUGCUGAAGGAGCUUGUCACUUUGAUCCAAGCAUCGCCAUCGCUCAAGCUUCUCGGGAUUCUGUCGCAUGCAGGUCAUUCGUAUGGCGCCACGUCAGCCGACGAGUGUGUUGCCAUCGCCGAGACGGAGCGCCAGAUCAUGCUGCGCGUCAAGGCCGCUAUCGAAGCGUUGGGGUCACCCGUAUCGGUCGUGUCUCUCGGCAGUACGCCGACGGAGCUAGUUCGGCGCAACUACGAAGGGAUCACUGAGCUUCGCCCCGGCAACUACAUCUUCCAAGACCGAACGCCAGUGCGCACCGGUGUCUCGACUGUCCAGAACGUGUCGCUCACGGUUUUAACAACUGUCGUGAGCGCCAACGCCCACUACUUUAUCAUUGACGCCGGCUCCAAGGUCCUCUCGGCCGACAGCGUGCGUGGGUCUGGCGCCUUUGGCAGCAAAGGCUUUGGACUCGUCUUUCGCGAAGCCGACUUUGACGCAGUCAUUGACGAGCCCACGUCCCACGACUUUACACUGCCGAACGGGUCGCGUGCCACGUGCUUUGAGCUGCAAAAGCUCUCGGAGGAGCACGGCUGGGUCGCCCACGGCCCGCGCGGCAAGGCCGACUCGCCGCAGAUUGGCGACCGCGUCGUGAUCCUCGUCAACCACUCGUGUCCCGUGGUGAACCUCUCGAACGGCCUCGUCAUCAAGGGCGCGUCACCACGCACGAUCGAACUCAUCUCGCGCGGCUGCUGCCAGUAAUUCCUUGCCAUUCUCAACACUUGGGCAACACUUGGGCAGCAGACCCCAGCACCGAACGGUAGCCCGCGAGUUAUAACGUUCUAGAUCACAGACGAGGCUUGCAUUACAACGAUCACAACUAUCAAUGCUU